GCUCAAUGCUCCGGAGGCUGAAUGAAAUUCAACAUUCAAUAUAUUUUACCGUCAUUUGUGCAGACUGCUGCUAAAGGAUUGCAGGCAGGAGGAGGCCAAUUCAACUAUGAUUCUCCAGGGAAACGAGUUCGAUUCACAGACAGCGAGAAAAUUGUGAAGAAGGCAAAAUACCUAGAUGUCCUGUUUCUAUUUGAAGAGAGCAUUUUCUAUGAGAUCGACAACAAAACCAGCACUUGCAAGAAAAGGCCUUUACAAUCAACGCUUCAUCCUAUGGAGAUCCAACCAAACAUGACAGACCUCGGAGACAUGUAUAUGGGCAGCAGAAUAGACAGUGGCCAAGGGCUCAGUAUGAAAAACUGGGUGGAGAUGGUACCGCAACUUAAUGGUGCCUUUUCAGUCGCCGUUAGCAAAGUUGGCUGCCUCACUCUUAGCUCAGUGCUGUUCACUCAAUCAAAGGACCUGCUGAUAUUCAGUUUUCUUGAGGUUGUUAAAGAAGUGAAGGACCCACAGGCGUUUGUGCCUCCAACAUUCUGUGAUGAUGUGCCUUUGGAACCUAAAGGAAAUACCUUUUUCGGGUUCUUCUUAAACCAAGCAUAAAGACAUAAUUCCUGUUUGGUUCACAGUAUGUUUGCAGUCAGCUCAAACAAUAUAACCCAUAGCUUUAAGGGAAAUGUUUCAUAUUAGUUCUUCAUGCAAAUAAAUAAAUUAUGCAUUUUACAACA